AAUUAACAUUGGGCCUCCUAGUUUCAGAAGGAAAAUAUGGACACACAUGCUUUAUUGUUUCGACUAAACCUGGAAAUAUUGCAGCGUAAUCCAUAUCAGUGAUGCUUUCGUAGCAGAAAGACCCAACAGACUGAGGAGGCACCACACAGAUCCAGAUGGUCGGAGCAGCAGGUGGAAUCAUGUCGGUGCUGAUGGUGUCUGUAGUCCUUCUCCUUCCUUCUUCUGUGGGGGCCCCCAUACCGUGUGCGGAGAAGGUGGUCCGUCUGGAAGCUGAGAUCCAGGGUCUGAUGAAUGUGAUCCAAGACCAGCACCACUACAUCCUGGAGCUCCAUAGCAGCCAGUCGCAGCAGCUGCAGCACAUCCCCAACACCUUCCUGGGCCCCCAGAACCUCUAUAGAGACUGCUCCGAGGUGUACGCUGACGGCAACGUGGCCAGCGGGCUUUACGUGAUCCGUCCAGACGGAUCUCCCACGGUGCUGAGCGUCUUCUGCGACAUGAGCAACGGGGGAGGAUGGACCGUCUUCCAGAGGAGGAGAGAUGGAAAGGAGGGCUUUGACAGAACAUGGUUGGAGUACAGUCAAGGAUUUGGAGACCAUUUCUCUCCUAACGGGGAAUUCUGGCUGGGAAACGAGCCUUUGCACCUCCUCACCUCCCAAGGGAACUACGACCUGCACAUCAACACCGAGGACUUGGAGGGGAACCAGCGCUCCGCUGAGUACAAGAACUUCAGAGUGGACAAUGAGGAGGACCAGUACCAGCUACACGUGGGGGAGUAUAAUGGGAACGCCGGCGACUUUCUGGCUGAUGCCCGAAGUGUGAAUCUCAACAGUCCCUGUAGGGACGGGAUCAAGUUCAGCACCUACGACCACCCCAACUACAUCAACGCAGACAACGGGCGCUGCGUCCGGCACAGCAGGUCCGGCUGGUGGUUCUGCAGGUGUGACUCAGGUAACCUGCAUGAUCAGCUGAUCAAAAGUCCGUAUGAGGUUCUGAGUGACGACGGCGUCGCCUGGUACAUCUGGCACGGGUGGUCCUACGCCAUCAAGUCCGUGGUGAUGAUGGUUCGAGCUGCUGACCUCAAACACUCCCCGCCCAUCAUCCAGCGCUGGCCGACCCAGUUCCACCCCAACGCCGUAGAUGACAGUACCACCUAUCCUCCGUACGAGCAGCAGUACGGUUCACGGGUAUGACCCGGAGACCGUCCCACACAGGGCCACGCCUCCUGCUGCGUCUCACGUGUUUAAUAAAAGAGGAAGGAUUCA